UUAUUAGGAGUUAUCUCUAUGAUCUGCUUCAUAAUUAAGUGUAAGAAGCGAUCACUGCUAGUAAAAACCAGGGAAAUAAUCUCAACAAUACUUAAUUUAAUCGCUUUCUGGAGUGUGCCAAUGAUCGCCAUUUUCUUCACAGUCAUCUUCCAUUUUGUCGACAGCGAUCAAUCUGAAUUAGCGAUCAAGCGGUUUAAAUCUGAUUAUCUUAGCUGUGUUCUUCACAACAGAGCUUACGAUGACGACAUGGACUGCGUCUCAUACAUUUUCAACAAGAGCUUCUUUUUUAUACACAGACAAGUUUGUUUGAGUUUUAUUGUUGGUGCUUGGAUGUCAUGUUUGCUUUGGACCUCUUCGACUUUAACAACAUGGAUGAGAUUUUUCCAUCGAAUUUUCUGUAAUGAAUGAAGAGUUCCCGAUAAAAAAAUGCCAACAAUUAUUCCAACAAUUAGCGUAAAAAAAUAUUAAGACUGCAUCAAUAAUUUA